GACGUCGGUCUCGCCUCCAAGCUCGUCGAGACCUCCCAGCACGCCGCCGACGCGCUGGUCAUCGAGGGCGCCGAGGUCUCGCUGCGCCAUGCCCCGACCUUCGAGCAGUGGGCCGACGGAGUUCAUCGGCUGCGAUUGGUCCUGUCGGUGACCAUCGCUCCUGAAGACCCUGUCACGGACACAUACGAGCGCACGGCGGCCCUCGAGGCCUACUGGAAACCUGUAUUCUCCAGGAAAAUACCCCAGCCUGUCCUGGCCCAGAAGUACAUCGAUUGGCUCCUCACCAAGGCCUCCGGCAUCGUGAUUCAGAGCCCGUUGACCCCUAUGUUCAGGAAGACCCUCAUGCGCGCGCGACAUUCUGCCCCUGGAGUGGAUGGCAUACCUUAUGCUGCCUGGCUCGCAUGCGACUUUGGGGCCCAGCAUCUGGCCAGGAUGUUCGGCUGGCUCUGUCAGGGACAACAACUGUUCGCCUCCGCCAGCGUCACCCUCCAGGCCUUCCCCCCGAAGGGCUCCGACCCAGAUGAUCCGCCGUCGGGGACUUGUUCUCGCGCUCCUGACAAAAUCCGUGUCUUGGGAUUGAGGAAUACGGACGUCAAGAUCCUGAGCUCGGUCAUGAAUCGGAUCAUGGAGCCCGUGGUGCAG